CAGCAUCUCUUGUUUCUUUCUGAACCCAAAUUGGUCUUCCCCAGUAUUAGUAUAAACAUACAAAUUGGUGAACGUCGGCGAUUAUUUGGGGGCUGGUAUGAAGUUAAACUAUUGAGAAGUGUAGAGGAACAAUAUGAAAAAAAGUUUGCUAUCCCUUGCCUGGAUACAGACACGAUUAAUACUUUCCUACAAAGUGACUUGGAUAAAGGAUUUUCUUUCAAUAUUUUAGGCAGAGGAAGUUUUGGAACAGUAUUGGAAGCAAUAUAUAAAGGAAACUACAUUGCAGCAAAACUGGUGGACAAACAAAGACAUCCAGAUGCAAUUUUCACACUUGAAAAUGAAUCAAAUGGUAUGGGUCUAUGCCAUCCUAAUAUAAUACACAUAAUUAAAGUUAUAAAUCCCAAUAAACAGUUUGGAAUUAUUUUAAUGGAAAAAUGUUGUGGUACGGAACUUCAAAAACUCUUGGAUGAUCCACAAUAUCCCAUUACUGUGGCAAGAAAGAUAAGGUAUACACUUGACAUUGCUGAAGCUCUUCUGUACUGCCACAGAAGGAAUAUACUACAUCUCGAUGUGAAGCCAAGAAAUGUUAUUGUCUGUGAGAAUACCGAUAGAUGUAAACUUUUUGACUUUGGAAGCUCAUUAAAUUUGAAGAAGCAAUCAAAAAAACAAAGGAACUUCAUGAGGCAUCUACAGGAUGACAACAUCUUCAAUGCCACCUGUGAGACACAGAUGUCAAAUUACGAGGGCUAUCCGCAAAUCGAAAAUUGCUCGUGUGCUUUUCAAUCAAUUAACUUACAGUCCACAGUAAUAUAUACAGCACCAGAAAUGUUUAAGGGGGAAGAAGAAACACCAGCAGUAGAUGUUUAUGCCUUAGGUAUAACUAUGUGGCAGAUAGAGCAACGUGAAAUACCAUAUAGUAUGUAUCACACUGCUGAAGAAUUAAUACUAAAGGUAAGUGCUGGCCUGAGACCAAAGCUGAGCACUAGCAAUGACGCCUACACUGCCUUAUACAGAGAAUGUUGGAAGGAUGAUCCUUUGUGUAGACCUAACAUGCUGCUGAUUACUCACAAAUUAUCUGAAAUGGCUGAUGUACACGUGGUGGAAAUGGUGAUGCUGCUCUGGCGGGAUUAUCGGGUGUCGCAGUAA